CCCGCCUAGGCGCGCUGUGUCUUGUGGGUGGGAGCACGCUGACUGGCUUUCCGGGCGUUUCGAGCAAUGCUGCAGCGGGGGCAGCUGGCGCUGACGUGGAGAUAUCUAAAUUAACUUUAGCAGAAGAGAAAUGGAGGAACCAUAGAACAUUAAGGAUGAAUUCAGGAAGACCUGAGACUAUGGAAAACUUGCCUGCUCUCUACACUAUUUUUCAAGGAGAGGUUGCUAUGGUGACAGACUAUGGAGCCUUUAUCAAAAUCCCAGGUUGUCGGAAGCAAGGUCUGGUUCAUCGAACUCACAUGUCAUCAUGUCGUGUGGAUAAGCCUUCGGAAAUAGUAGAUGUUGGGGACAAAGUGUGGGUGAAGCUUAUUGGCCGAGAGAUGAAAAAUGAUAGGAUAAAGGUAUCCCUAUCCAUGAAAGUUGUCAACCAAGGGACUGGGAAAGACCUUGACCCCAACAACGUUAUCAUUGAGCAAGAAGAGAGGCGGAGGCGGUCCUUCCAGGAUUACACCGGACAGAAGAUCACCCUUGAGGCUGUCCUAAACACUACCUGCAAGAAGUGUGGCUGUAAAGGCCAUUUUGCAAAGGAUUGUUUCAUGCAACCAGGGGGGACCAAAUACUCUCUGAUACCUGAUGAAGAAGAGGAAAAGGAGGAAGCAAAGUCAGCAGAGUUUGAGAAGCCUGAUCCCGCAAGGAAUUCCUCUAGAAAAAGAAAGAAGGAAAAGAAGAAAAAGAAACACAAAGACAAAAAAUCAUCUGACUCUGACAGCUCUGACUCUGAAAGUGAUACAGGCAAGAGGGCAAGGCAUUCAUUGAAAGACAGCAAGGCAUCAAAGAAGAAGAAAAAAAAGAAGAAGCACAAGAAGAAACAUAAGGAAUGAGAAUGGAUAGAGUAG